AAUGACCAAUGCGUAUAUCAUUAACCUAAAGAAAAAUGAUCCCCAAAUGUGAAACCAACAUUCCAAACCAAACAUUCCAACAUUCCAACGACGCCGAAAGAGCGGCGUUAAAAUUUAGUGAGGAUUACACGUGAAUGCUCUUCUGGCCACGAUCAGGAACCAUCACGAGAAGCCGGGUUUCUUCAAUUUCUUCUCUUUUUCAAAAAGAAUGUUUGCACUCCCUCUUCCUUCUCAUUCAAGGUUAACACUUUACUAAUUUCUUACGUUUAAGGUCCACUCUUUUCAAUUCCAAAAUCCAAUAUUGUUUUGGUAAUUCUUCUGUUAAUCUUUCUAUACUAGCUUGAUUUGGGGUCUUUUGAGAUUUGGGAAUUGGUUAAUUCUUUCUAAAUUGAUCAAUUGGAAGCAGAAUUGAAGUGGGUUUGCUUAUAAUUUUGCUGGAACCUUCGAUUUUUGGAAAUUGUUAUAGUAUUUUCGGAAUUUUGUUUGGAGUUCAUUUGCAUGUGUUUAGGGUUUUUUUUGAAGAAUCCCAUUAAUGUUUGAUGUUAGGGUCAUAUUUAAUUGAUGCUUCUGAGUGAGUAAUUUGGAAUUGUGAAAUAACCCAAAUGAGUUUGUGGAAUUGCAAGAUUUUGAAGUUAUCGUAUUCGCCUUUCAAUAACUUGAUAAGUAAGUGUCUUGCCCUGGUUGUUGUUGGUUUGGUGUCGAGAGCUGUUCUGUUCCCCAAUUUUUUCGAGGUUGAUGGGAAAGGAAAGCUGGUAGUGGGUGAUAUUCGUGUGCGGCCAUUAGAAAAGGAUUUAGAUUAUGGGAUUCGCCGAGACAAAUUUCUCGAGGUUCCACAGAUUGUUUGGGGGUUAAACAAUCAGAAGAUAGCAUUUGCUAGGGCGUGCCUCACUGCUCGUAUGCUGAACCGGACCCUUCUGAUGCCGAGCUUGAGUGCUUCAUUGUUCUAUAAGGAAAUAGAUCAGUUGCAGCCCAUUUCAUUUGAUAAGGUGUUCCAAUUCAGGAAGUUUAAUUCCCUAUGCAGUGGGUUUGUUCAGUUGGGCCGGUUCUCAGAGCUAUUGAAUCAGACUCAAGUUCUUGAACUGCAGAAAGGGAGUGGAAGAAAGUGGACGUUGUUGAGAGACUUUGAUCAACUGAAGGAUUUCAGCAGAGACUUGUAUGAUCAGUAUGAAGUCAUACGCAUUGUAGGAAAGAACCCUUUUCUCUGGCAUGAUCAUUGGCCUAUCAAGGACUAUGCUAAGGUAUUUGAGUGCUUAGCUUUAGUUGACGAGUUUGCUAAAGAAGCAGAUCGUGUUGUUUCUAAGAUUAGGGCUAUAGGAGGAGAAGCAAUAGGUGAGCAAUUGGCUCCUGAGCAGGGUCAGGGUGGUAAUGGGGUCAGCUCUAAGAUGCAGCGUAUGCCUUAUAUGGCUGUUCAUAUGAGGAUAGAGAAAGAUUGGAUGAUCCAUUGUAAGAAGCUAGAGCAAAGAUCCAACAUAAGCGAAAUUUGUAGCAGCAAGGAAGAAAUUAUCCAACGAGUAGGGAACAUUAAGAAGCUGAACAAACCAGCAGUUGUUUACCUUGCUGUUGCAGAUAGUAUGUUGGAAGACAAGACAAUAUUGAGUGGCUGGAAAGAAGGGUUGCAUCCUUUUGAGAAAAAGAAACUAGGUGUUGGUCAUAUUUAUGAGAAAUACCCAUAUCUUAUCAAGUCAGCAAUUGACUAUGAAGUAUGUUUAAGAGCAGAUGUCUUUGUGGGGAACAGCUUUUCUACAUUCUCUAGCCUCAUAGUACUUGAGAGGACACAGAAGAUGAUCCGUAUGGGAGUUUCAAGUUCUUGUAAAAACAACAUAAGGUGGCCUUCAUAUGCCUACAAUAUAAUGGGGGACUUUGGUGGUCCGAGAAAGUGGUUGACAAAUAUGUCAGACACAAGCCUCCAAGCCAUUAGCUAUGGUUCAAAUCAUGUCACAUGUUAAGUGUCCUGCCACACUGUACUUGAGCGGACUUUCUGCGUUUUUGUGCAUAACAUUCUUGGUAUACUGAUUGCUCAUAUGAUAGGAAUUCACAGUUUGAUUGAUAUCAGAACGAGUAGAUAACUUGGGGCAAAAAAUAUUAUUUUGAUUGAGCUAUCAUCUGUGAUGUGCCAUGGCUGGAGCUUGUUGUUGAGCUCACCAAUGGAAUGCUUGUCCCAGCUUCAGGGAAUUUACAGGUCUAUUUGUUGGGAUUACAUAUUAUUUUAUUGCUUUUCCAUUCUUUGAUGCUGUUUUCAUCAGAAGAUGUACCUUGAACAGUAGAACUUAAAGAAGUCACCUUUGUAUAUCCCGGGUUAGAUAUUAUUUCUUGCUUUUGCAUUCUUUAGUGCUGUUUUAUUUUUUGGAAGAUGUACCUAGAACUUGAAAAAUUACCUCUGUAUAUCCUGUAUACUUCACUUAUACUGCAUGCUGCAAUGAGAUUAUAAUAGAAAAGCUUUGCUACCCUGCAUUGAAGCGUUA